CUACUUACAAAAAAACAAAGGGGAAGCCUCUUUGGGUAAUUUUAACACUUGGUCGGGUUUUUGGCAGCUGAUUCUCUCUCAUCCUCUGUUUAGACUGGUAGUGCACCCCUUUCAUUUCUUUCGGAGAAAUUCAGAUAAAACGUUUCUCUUUCCACUUUCGGGGCCAGAAGAGAACCAAGCUUCCUAUUCCGAACCCCCCACCCCACGCCAAGGUUAUCUUUGUCUUAAGGCUUGAUGAUGCUGUGAAACUCCCUGGAGAUAUUGGAAACUUGUGGAAUGGAAGAAAGUGACUCUGUUGCUUGGAGAUGGGAGGACUUGGACGCUGAUGUCUUGGUGAAGAUCUUACAGUCUUUUGACAUCGUUCAGUUAACUUCAGGCAUUGCUAGUGUCUGCAGUUCAUGGCGUAUGGCUUGUUGUGAUCCUAUGCUAUGGAAAACACUUGAUUUAUCAGUGAUGAGGUCAAAUUUUAUUAAAAUUCCAUUGGAGCCUUAUGUAUAUGUUGAUGCUCGUUCUGACAAGACAUUGACCCGUAUCUUGAAGAUAUCUUUGAGUCUCAGCCGGGGAAACAUAAUGACCUUGAUUUUUCACUUCAAUCUAUAUGUGAGUGACGAUCAAUUGACCUAUACUGCUGAAAGGUGCCCACGCCUGAGACGGCUUGUUAUGCCAGCUUGGAACAGAAUAAAGAAAACUGGAAUAUGCAAAGCUAUUCGCAUCUGGCGGGAUCUUGAAUCCCUGACAAUGCCUAGCAUAGCAAACCCUCCAUAUCUCAUGGAAGAAAUUGCCAAUAAUUGCAAGAAUUUUAGUGAACUCAAGGUGAUGGGACCUUUUGACAUUUUGUUUGCCACUACGAUAAUAACUUGUCUACCAAAGAUAAAGGUUUUGAGCCUCCGCUGCUCAAUGCUUGUGAAGGAUGCCCUGAUCUCCAUCUUGGAUAAUUUACAAAACCUAGAAGUGCUUAACAUAUCUCAUUGCCUUCUGAUAGAAAUACCACCUCCUCCUGCCCCAAGAAGAAUUAUGGAGGAGCUUGAUCAGUCUAUCCUUGAGAAGGCAUCUCAGUUACGUCAAUUUAUCACAUGCAUGAAAGACUCAUGCAUCAUGUGUCAGCGGACAAGAAAUGAUGAAGGGCUUAUGAGGUGGUACAAGUAUGAAGAAGGGCUAUGGAAAACUGACGAGGUUAGCUCACUUUCCCUUUGAUUUAAGCCUUCUGAGUUUGCUCUUUAGAGGUGAGAUCUCUACAACUUGAUAAGGCCAUUCUCAGUAUUCUUAAUGGAUAGUCCUUGUGCUCAUUAGUUAGAGCACCAAGAUCAUAAUCUUGUUGUGGUUGGUUUAGAACCUUAGCUUAUGUACCCUUUUUCCCCCCUUUUUUAUUUGGUUGAUGUAUUCCUUUUAUGCUAUAAACAAAAUAAGAGGAGGUUGAAUGAAGAUAGAUGAGAACUGUCUUAAUUGUGUAUUAUGUUUGUUACGAAGGUCUUAGGUCUCUCUGAUGAUCUGCGCCCCUUUGGCAGAGGCAUCUGUAUUAUUACUGUAUAUAUGGUCAAUUGUCCUUGUUUCUUUCUUUUUUA